UCAUGUUUAAAUCAGAAAAUUCCGUGAUUCUAUGUGAUGUUUUCCGUUUGUUUGACGGGAGUGACUAAGGAAUUUGCAAUGACUCGAUUUAAAGCGAAUUAGAAGGAAAAUACACCGUAAUAUGUUGUUAUUAUAGGCAAAUGUAAAAAUAAGAUCGUCUGGUGUUUUGUUUUCAUGUAUUUAUGGACUUUUUGAUGCUUACAAAUCGUGUGUGUAAACUGUAAGAGUUGUGUGCUCGGUUCGAAAUUUGGAAAUUGGAUUUAUUGGGAUUUGGUCAUGCCGAACCAGGCCGGCAGCGGGUUCCAGUGGGAUAAGCUGUCACCUGCAGAGUUCCAGCAGUUGCAAGAGUUAACUUCAUAUUCAAAUAGAAAAUUGCAAGAUGUGCUCAACGAGCUGUGUGAUGUUCGGAAACAGAACCCGGAUGGGGACAUCGACUAUGAAGGUUUCAAGUGGUUUCUGGACACCUUUCUCGAAGUAUCCACGCCUGAUGAAUUAUCAAGACAUUUAUUCCUCUCGUUCGUCCGCCGUGACAAGCGGCCAGCGUUACGCGAAAUGGCGGCGGCGAGUUCCACUGCAGCAUGCGCCGCUGUCACCGCACAUGGCGAUCAUCAGGGAAAGUUAAGUCUAGCUUCGAAGAUUCAUGGUCUGGCCGAGCGGUUGCAGCAGCUGGGCAAAAGCUCCAGUGACUCUGUGGAUGGAGAUAAGGGGUCUCGGAGUAGAACUGGCAGCGUACAUCCAAUGUUCUCAGUAACAACCCAUCCGUCCUACUCCGCUCAUGAACUGGGCGUAGGCAGGAAUGAGACCAGUCCUUCACAUAGUCAGAUGUCCAGGAACUCCAGCAGGAAGAGCAGCAACUCGCUACGAGUCAACCAGUCUACUAAGAUCGAAGACUUUAAGCUCUUAAUGCGUCGCUCAUCGACUGUGGAAGUUCACACCGCUCGGGUUUCACUCAAGGAUAUUGUGUGCUACUUAUCUUUGCUGGAAGCUGGUAGGCCUGAAGAUAAGCUGGAAUUCAUGUUUCGCCUAUACGACACGGACGGAAACGGUGUUUUGGACACAAAUGAAAUGGACUGCAUUGUGAACCAAAUGAUGACAGUCGCCGAGUACCUUGGUUGGGAGACAUCUGAAUUACGACCCAUUCUCCAAGAUAUGAUGGUAGAAAUUGACUAUGAUGCUGAUGGUACCGUGUCUCUUGAUGAGUGGAAACGUGGAGGAAUGACCACCAUCCCGCUACUAGUACUGCUCGGUUUGGACACGAAUGUCAAAGAGGAUGGAGAACACGCCUGGAGACUCAAGCAUUUCAAUCGACCUGCCUAUUGUAAUCUGUGUUUGAACCUCCUGGUGGGGCUUGGGAAAAAAGGGCUGUGUUGUAUUUUUUGUAAAUUCACCGUUCACGAGCGUUGCGUGCAGCGUGCGCCUGCGUCGUGUAUCGCAACGUAUUGUAAAGCGAGACGAGCGCCCUCUACGCUCGCGCAUCACUGGAUUGAAGGAAAUUGUCACGGCAAAUGUGCGCGUUGCCGGAAAAAGAUUAAAGGCUACAAUGGCAUUACUGGACUCCAUUGUCGCUGGUGUCACAUUACUCUCCACAAUCGCUGUGUGGGCAGCGCUGGUGGAGCGUGUACCCUGGGUCGUCACGCGAAACACAUCCUACCCCCCACCGCCAUACGACCCUUGGUAUUGGAUCGACAGCGCUCUUUGCCUCAUAAGCCGCAGGCGGAACAGCAAGCUCUUCCUAUCUCCAUCUCCCUGCCGAUCUCAAUCUCCGCGGGGGCAGAGGAGAAGAAAGAGCAAAAAAAGGAGCAUCGAGCUCCGCCAAUCUCCUUCCAGAUAACACCUCCGGAGGGCACUUGUCCCCUUCUCGUAUUCAUCAACCCCAAAAGUGGGGGGAGACAGGGCUCUAGAGUGCUGAGGAAGCUCCAGUACAUCUUGAACCCGCGACAGGUUCAUGAUAUUGCCAAGGGUGGUCCUAUGCAAGGCCUACAAAUGUUCAAAGAUGUUAAGAACUAUAGAGUUAUAUGUUGUGGUGGCGAUGGUACUGUCGGUUGGGUUUUGGAAACUAUGGACAAGAUUCAAAUGGAGAUGCAGCCCGCAGUUGGAGUAAUACCACUGGGUACUGGCAAUGAUCUGGCUCGUUGUUUGCGAUGGGGUGGGGGAUACGAAGGUGAAUCAAUACACAAGAUAUUGGACAAAAUAUCUCGGGCCAGCACCAUCAUGAUGGACCGAUGGCAUAUACACGUCGAGAAUAUGACGCACGAUUGUGAGUUGGUGCAAAUGCCUGACUCGGCCCCUCAUCCCACUUCGGUGCCAUAUAACAUCAUUAACAAUUACUUUUCUAUUGGAGUCGACGCAGCAAUUUGUGUAAAGUUCCACACCGAGCGUGAAAGGAAUCCCGACAAGUUCAGUUCUCGGAUGAAAAACAAAUUGUGGUACUUUGAGUUUGCGACGUCUGAGCAAUUCGCUGCCAGCUGCAAGAAUUUACACGAGAAUAUAGAUAUCGUUUGUGACGGUUCAUCGCUGGAACUAAGCAAAGGUCCGGCAUUGCAAGGUGUGGCAUUACUAAAUAUUCCAUACGCACACGGCGGCUCAAAUCUAUGGGGCGCCAGUGGGGCUCAUAGAAGGGGCCGAUUUCCUAAUGCGCAACAAGAUAUUGGUGAUAAGCUAAUUGAAGUUAUAGGAUUAGAAAACUGCCUGCAUAUGGGACAAGUGCGGACGGGUCUUCGUGCAUCUGGUCGUCGAUUGGCGCAAUGCAGCUCCAUCACCAUCACCACAAAGAAGACCUUCCCCAUGCAGAUUGAUGGAGAACCUUGGAUGCAGACUCCUUGCAAGAUAACUAUAACACAUAAGAACCAAGUUCCUAUGCUGAUGGGACCAGCUCCGGAGAAAGGCAGGGGCUUCUUCAAACUGUUCACGCAUUGUUAAUUAAUUCCUAAUGUGCGAAAGAGAUGAAUAUUGUUUUAUUAAUUUAUAAAAAAAUCCGUGAAUUGAACUCAAAAGCUUUGAGUCAGUUCUUGACAAUUCUGAAGAAUCUGCUUCUGAGAUACGUUAAACUAGCGUUGGAAAUUUUAUUUUAAUGGAUUCUGAAAUAUAUGAAAUCCAAAAACCAAAAUUACCUCUAUAACAUACUUUUGAUCAAGUUUAUUAUAAAAAAAGUCCACGGGCGGCCUAACGCAUUUUUUUCCUAGAAUCCUAGACCUACACGACAUUAUUUGGACAUUAUUUUUCAGAACUAAAAAUUCCAAAGGGGUUCUGUCAGGUUGUGUUACACUAUGUGUUCUGUGCAGGCAUUUUUUUAUCUAAUCAGUUACUAAAUAACUAUUUGGCCUUGAAAUCGAGGGGUUUUUUAUUUUCAAAUGAAGUGAACUUUUCCUCACCACGCAAAAUCUGACCAAAUUAAAACAAAAUAUUAAUUAUUUUCUGGAAUCUUCUAGUUCCACUUUUCGUGCUGGUUUUGCUAGGGUAUAUCUAAAAAGAUAUAUUCUAAAAAUAGAAAUCUAGAAAAUACCAGACCAUUUUAAAGGCCGACAAUGCCGAUAUGGCCGAAUAAAUGUCCAAAACAUUUAUUUUUCAGAACUAGAAAUUAAAAAGGAGUCUUGUCACAUUGUGUUACGAUAUGUAUUCUGUGCAGGCAUUUUUUAAAUGUAACCGGUAACUAUAUAAGACAGUUAUUCUGCCUUGAAUUCACGGGUUUUUUUCCUCAAUGAAAGAAGAAAACUUUUCUCACCACGCAAAAUAUGACCAAGUUUAUAAUAUAUAAAAUAUCAUAUAUUUCCGGAAUCUUCUAUUAUUCCACCGUUAACCGGUUUUGCUAAGCUAUUUUUCUUACAGCAAUAUAAAUGAAAUAUUUGUAAAAAAAUAUUGUUACUGUUUUGUAUAAAAAUAGUUUUGGUGAACAACACUGUAUAAUUGUCAUAAUACUUAGGUGCAAACACAAAAGAGAAUUUGAAGCAAAAAAACUAUGCCUUUCGAUUAUGAUUGAUCAACUCUGGACAGCGUCUCUGACGUAUUGAUUGAUACCUGUCACGAUAGGUCCCUUUGACGCAACGCUUCUUGCGUCAUUUGUUUUACAGUCUUACCUCACCCCUCUUUACACUAUGUCCACUGGAACGUUUAAAACAAAUAACAUCAAAGUUAUAUGAAAGAAAAUAUUUGUCUCGAAAUUAAAUAAUCCAUUUAACAUUGAGGCCAUUACUAAAGAGACGUUCUUUUCAUAUACUAUUCAUACAUAAACUAGACGAAACAUAUAUUUUAUAGAAAACCUAUAGGAAAUUUAUUUUGAACAAAUAUAUUUGUGAUGGCCUCAUGCUACUCUACACUUAACUUAAGGAUUCGACUGAUUAUUUUGCAUUUUUUAAAUUAUAUAUUGCAAAACACACUCAAAAUGUAAUCUCUAUAUGUUACACCAACAAAUAACAUGAGUUUGACAAAGUAUUAAAUUGAAUAGAAAAAUACUUGUAUUAAUGUGUAUGAGAAAUCUUUGUAUUGUGCGUUUUCAGUGUUAUAAGAAGUACAAUACAAAUCCAAUACAAAAUUUAAAUAUAUUUUAUUUAAAUUUAAUACUCUGUUAAUGUCAUGAUGGACUUAUAAAUUAUUUUAGAAAACCUAUUGAUAAAGCUUUUUGUAAAUAUAGUGCCAAUUAAAACAACGUCCCAAUGUUUUGAAAGUCGGUGAAUCUUUGAUAUCGAAUGAGAAUGUUAUGUUAAGUUUUAUUAUUUAAAUACAAUUAUGAAACGUUAAAUCUACUCUUAUAACUCACGUCAUUGCACGUCAUACCCCGAAACUCGCUAAGAAAACUAUUCCGAUCGCUAAGGAUGUGUACAACUUCACUUACUUUGUAGUUUCCGUACUCCAGUGAGCUUCCAUCCUGCCUUUCAGUCGAUUGACCAGGACGGCCCGAAUUGACGGCCCAAAUCUCGCAAGAAACGCUUGCGCUAGUCGCGAAAAAAGUAAUUUUCGGCCGAGCUGAGCUGUAAUGCCCCUAAUGCGAACACCGAGGUUCAAUUCAAAAUAGUCACUGGGGCCUAAGGGCCGACCAGUCAUUGGCUAUAUUGGACGAAGAGCCUCUCCUAAGGUCGAAGGAACAGUACACAUUCCUUCCUCCACAACUCUUAAUUUUCAUUCCCUACCUCUAUCGCAACAUUUUAAACGGUUCGGUUCGGUUGACGAGGUAUUAUACGUUAUUAAAUACGUAAUCUUCUUUAGGCGUGCGAAUUAAGAUUUUUUAUACAAA